CAGACCAGAGCAGACUGGUGUCUUGUCAGAAAAAGGGAGGAAGAAAGACCCAGCAAGGCUGAGGUGUGCAUCCACCUCCCAGCCUGCACCCCCAAGAAUGGGAACCCCAGCCACCUUGGCCUGCCUGCUCCUUCUCCUGCAUCUCACAGCUGGGAUCUCUUCAAAGUCGUAUUAUGUGGUGGUGAUACCAACUGAGCUCUACCACCCACACAAGGGGAUGAUGUGGGUCCAUCUGGCCAACUUCAAUGAAACCGUCCUGGUGACUCUCCAGCUGGAAAGACAGAGCCCAUCCAGCAACAUCAGCCUGCUGGAGAAGAAGGUCAAGGAGCCCAAUCUGACGGAGAGUGUGUCCUUCUCGGUGCCAGCCCCAACCACCAGCGGGGAGGAAGUGGCCCACCUGCACGUCUCAAUUGAAGGAGAUUCCCUGAAGUUCUCGGAGCGGAAGAAAGUGCUCCUGAAAGCACUGGAGCCUGGGACCUUUGUACAGACAGACAAACCCAUCUACAAGCCUGGACAGACAGUGAACUUCCGAAUCGUCAGUUUGGAUAAAGACUUUGUUCCCAGUAACAGGAAGGUGCCCCUGGUGACCCUGCAGGAUCCCAACGGGAACCGGAUCGCUCAGUGGCGAGAUGUGGCCCCCCAGCAGGGCAUCGUGGACCUGUCCCUCCCUCUGUCUGCAGAGCCGGCCUUGGGGACGUACUCCAUCGAUGUGGAGGGCACUAAGCACUCCUUCAGCGUGGAGGAAUACGUGCUGCCCAAAUUUGAAGUGACCCUUGACUUGCCCCCUGUGGUGACAGUGGUGAAGGAGACAUUAGAAGUGCGAGUGUGUGGCCGAUACACCUAUGGGAAGCCCGUUCAGGGGACAGUCCAGGUCAGCCUGUGUCGAAAAACCUGGCGUUUCUGGUUUAGUCGUAAUGAAGCCCAACAAUUGUGCAUGGAGUUUACUGGCCAG